AUGGCUUUCCACAAUACAACAAAAUACCUUACAAUAAGCGUCAUUGCAAUAGUAUUUGUAGCUGGAGCACUGCUAAAAAAUGUGACAGCACAAAAUUGUGGCUGUGCCCCAGGACUAUGUUUUAGCCAAUAUGGCUAUUGCGGCACCGGCAAAGAUUACUGCAGCCAGGGUUGUCAACAAGGUCCUUGUACUGGCGGUGGCGGCACACCAACCACACCAAGCACCAAUGUUGGUUCGUCUGUGGCUGAUAUAGUAACUCCAGAAUUCUUCAAUGGGAUCAUAAGCCAGGCUUCUUCAGACUGUGCUGGGAAGAACUUCUACACUUGA